ACCUGCUUCUGUCACAAUCAAGGAAUUCAACUUUGGGAUUUUUGUCUUGGACCAAAAUAGUUGAAUUCUUCAAAUAUUCUUUACUUUUAAAGUCGAUUUCUUUGGAUUCCUGUUGCUCCACGCUGAGUGUUGUUGCCCGACAGGAUGGUUCGAACGCGAAGCACACAGCACAAGAUGGUGAAGAAACCAGCAGAUGUGAUGGAGGAGGAGACAUUUCAAAAUGUUGGCGCUCAUUCAACAAACACCGAGUCCAAGCAGGCUAGCGGCAUCAGGAAGAGCGGCUACUGUAUGCUGAGGAAGGGUCAGUUUCCCUGUAAGGUGAUGGAUGUUUCUACGUCUAAAACAGGCAAGCAUGGAUCAGCAAAGGUGCAUGUGACUGGUGUUGACAUCUUCACUGGUCAGAAGUACGAGGAACUGUUCAUGAGCUCCAAAGAUGUUGAGUGUCCGAAGAUAACCCGCCAUGACUACACGGCGAUCAUGUUCAGGGAAGCUGAUGACUUCUACGACUAUGGCACCAUCGCUGUGCUGAAUGACCAGAACCUGGUGAUACGGCUCCGUGUGGAGAAAUCAAACAAAUCUUACCAGAAUCUGCUGGAUGCUGACUUUGAGAACAAGUGUUACUCGGUGAAGACGAUUAAAUUUGGUGACCAGGAAAAGCUUGAAUCCAUUAAGGAGGAGUAGUCUUGAACCAGAUUAUGUGUGAAUGCAGACCAAGGAUUCAUUGGUCAAGGAUUGGUCAAGGGUUUAUGGUGAGAGAGACUAUGG